GCCCCCACUCCUUGACCCCCAAUCAAAACAAAAAGAAGAAAAAAAAGUGGUGUCACUCCCGUGUUGUCAACCGUCUCUGAGGCGUAUUUUUGCUACAGAUUUUCUGCAAAAUGACUUUCUUCGAGAUUGUCGGUGUCAUUACAAUAAUUUAUUACCUUUUUUAUCUAAUUUAUCCCUGGUUUCUCGACUGCGAUUUGCAUCUGUCACUGCUGGAGACAUUUGGACAGCCAAUUGAAACACUCAGAGGUAAAGUUGUGUGGAUCACAGGGGCUUCGAGUGGUAUCGGGGAACAUUUGGCGUAUGUCCUGGCUAAAGCUCAUUGCAAACUGAUUUUAUCAGCCAGGAGAGCCCCUGAACUUUCCCAAGUUAAGAAGAAAUGUCUGGAAGUCAAUCCACAUCUUCAGGAUAGCGAUGUGGAAGUCAUGGUGAUGGAUAUCUGUGAUCUUAGCAGCCACCAGAAGUGUUUCGAUCACGUAAUUACGAAAUUUGGAAGGUUGGACGUUUUGGUGAACAACGCAGGUAGAUCCCAACGAGCUGCCUGGGAGAAAAUUGAUAUACGAGUUGACAAAGAAUUGUUUGAUCUCAAUGUUUUUUCUUUGGUGGCACUGAGUCGCAUUGUUUAUUCUUACUUCGAGGAAGUUGGCCAUGGCCACCUCGUCGUUACCUCCAGUUUGGCUGGAGUUUUGGGAGUUCCGUUCUCUGGAUCGUACACCGGUUCAAAGCACGCCUUACACGGAUAUUUCCAGUCUCUUCGAGUGGAGAAAAUGAACAAAAACAUUCCAAUCUCGAUUGUAUGCCCCGGUGCCGUCCAGACUCCAUUUUUAUCGGAGAGCUUCACCGACACAAUUGGGAAGAAAUUUGGCGAAGUGACUGCCAACGCAAAAAAUAAGUUGAGUUCCGAGCGUUGUGCUCAUCUGAUAGCAGUGGCAAUGGUAAAUCACGUUGACGAAUGUUGGAUUGCACACUCGACAUCUCUUCAGCUGACAUAUCUCGCGAGAUAUUAUCCAAAUAUUGCUCGAGUGAUUUUCCAGCUCCUCGGCCAGAGAUUUUUCCAAUAUGUGCGUGACAACAAAGUCACGGUUGCUUCGGAAUAGACAGCAUUUCCCCGCCAUAUAAUAAAAUCAAGAUUAUUCAAUAAAAAAGUUAAUUAAUACAAUUUCCCUUCAAAAAAUCGUUUUAUAAACCGAAGCUUUGUAUAUAGGAAUAAAUUAAAAUUUAGUAAAGUUUUUGAGAAAAGAUUA